UUUAUUUAUCUUUGGACACUUUUUGCUUUAGAUUUAUGUUGCGUGUUUUAAAAAGAUAAGAAAAUCAGUUUUAAAGAGAGGAAGUGGGGAAUUAUUAACGAGAGUUGAUUCUAGCUAACCGGCAUUUGCACGAGGCACAUUAGAGGGUGAAGAUGGCAGUGUAUAAACUUGGAAAAUUGAUAAUCGAGGGAAAGACGAAAAAAGUCUUUGAACUCCCAGAAGACAAUACUCUUUGUUUUCUUCAAAGUAAAGAUAGAAUAACAGCCGGUGAUGGUGUUAAAGCCCAUGAAUUAGAGGGAAAAGCUGCGAUUAGUAAUGCAACGACAGCAAAAGUUUUUCAACUUUUAAAUCAAGCUGGUCUUAAAACUGCAUUUGUUAAAGUUGCCAAUGAAACGGCAUUUAUUGCCAAAAAAUGUGAAAUGGUACCUAUUGAAUGGGUCACAAGACGUUUGGCAACUGGAAGUUUUCUCAAGAGAAAUCCAGGUGUUCCGGAGGGUUUUAGAUUUUGUCCACCUUUACAAGAGACAUUUUAUAAAGAUGAUGCGAAUCACGAUCCACAAUGGUCGGAGCAACAAGUUGUGUCGGCAAAUUUUAAAUUAAAUGGCAUUGUUAUUGGAAAGGAUGAAUAUGAUAUUAUGAAUGCAACAACAUUGGCUGUAUUUGAAAUUUUAGAAAAAGCCUGGUCAACAAGAGAUUGUGCAUUAAUUGACAUGAAAAUUGAAUUUGGAAUUGAUUGUAAUGGAGAAAUUCUUGUUGCCGAUAUUAUUGACAGCGAUUCAUGGAGAUUGUGGCCGUCUGGCGAUAAAAGACUUAUGAAAGAUAAGCAGGUUUACAGAAAUCUUGCAACAGUGACACAAGAAGAUUUAGAUACAGUGAAACGUAAUUUUAAAUGGGUAGCUGAUCAAUUGGAUUAUUUGGUACCACCGCCAAGUGCAUUGAUUGUUAUUUUAAUGGGUUCACCGUCGGAUGAGGAGCAUUGUAAAAAAAUAGCAAACUAUGCGCAAGCAUUGGGAUUACGUGUACAAUUGCGAGUGAGCAGUGCUCAUAAAGAAACGGAGGAAACAUUGCGAAUUCUCGCUGAAUAUGAAGGCAAUGGCGAAAAGGUGGUGUUGAUUGCAGUAGCGGGCCGAAGCAACGGACUUGGUCCAGUUCUCUCUGGUAAUUCAACACUUCCCGUCAUUAAUUGUCCACCUGUUCAAGUUCAAGAUAUUGCUCACGAUAUUUGGUCAUCACUCAAAGUUCCCUCAGGCCUCGGUUGCACAACUGUUGUUUAUCCUGAGAGCGCUGCACUUGCAGCGGCACAAAUUCAUGCACUGAAUGAUCAUUUGGUUUGGUCACGAUUGAGAGUGAAAAAAUUGACGAAUUUCAUUACAUUGAAACAAGCAGAUGUGAAAAUGAGAAAAAUGACAUUGUAAAUUGUCUUUUUUUUUUAAACAAAACAAAAAUGUUCUUUUCAAUACAUUUAAAAAAAAGGUAAAAAUUGUGUUUAUUUUGAAAAAAAAAUAUUUCUAUUAAAUGUU